UUGAAUAAAACACUAUCUGAGUUGAAAUGAAUUGGAAAAUUUUGCUUGGACUUAUCAUAUGUUAUUUUAUUUAUCUCAUAGUUGGUGGGAUAAUUUUUAUGAUCGUUGAAGGGAAUUACGACGCGCAAAAAUGCGAAGAAACCACCCAUACAAUAGAAAAUAUAAUCUCCAAAGUUGACAUGAAUAAAUCAGCUAUACCCAUCACAUCUCUACUGGAUCUCACACAGAAGAUUGCAAGUGCUUCCCCAAUAAGAAGAAUGCUAAAGGAAAUUUCGAACGCGGAGAAAUAUGGGUUUAUAUUUGAUUUUACCACAAUGACUUCAACGUGCGUCAACAACUGGCAUUUUGAGGCAUCGGUGUUUUUCGCUGGAACUGUAGUAACUACAAUUGGUUAUGGUCAUCUGUACCCAAAAUCGCAUCUGGGUCGAGCAAUUUGCAUUAUCUAUGCACUUAUAGGAAUUCCUUUAUUUACUAUCAUGUUCACUGGACUUGGUGGAAAGAUAGCAGGACUGGUAUUGAAACUAGAAACAAGAAUAAAUGGAAAGGCAACUCGGACUUGGGUUCGCAAAGUUCUUCUUAUCACUGUUAUAUCUCUGAUGUACGCUGUUCUUUGUCUACUGAUUCCAUCAAUUCUUUUUGUUUCAUUUGAACCUUGGAGCUACGAAGAUGCUCUUUACUACUCCUUCAUAUCAAUAACAACUAUCGGAUUUGGAGACAUUGUUGCAGGAACCGAUCCAAGCACAAAAUACAUUCCGAUUUAUCGUAUCAUGGUUUAUUUUUGGAUUUUAUUCGGUAUGGCUUUUAUGGCGACAGUGAUGUCACUCAUCAGCAAUUUCUUCAAAGAAACAGGAAAGAAGGGUAAGAAAAGAAUUCAAAAUAGGCGGAACUUGGUACCAAAACAAAAAGACGAGGUAGACGGAGAGGAGUUCGAAACAGAGGCCCUAGACGACGACAAUCGUACCAAAGAAGACGAAAAUAUUCUUUACAUCAUAGAAUGCUCGUGAUUUCUGUUGAAGAGAAUCUGCUAUUACAAUGUUGGGCCAACAUGUCGCUUGGCAUUGGUGUAUCGGUAGUGAGAAACGCCUAAACAUAUAUCAAUUCUGAUACAAGAGGACGCUUGGCACAAAUCCAGGGUUGCGGGAUUCCAGUGAUCAAAAAAGUCAGGUCAAAACUAUUUAAACGAGCAAAUGGUAACAACCCUCGAAAUAUGUUAAACUUGGCGUUAAAAAGCCAGUAUGGCAACCCUGCACAACUCUUCUCCAGGACAACCGCUUCCGGCAUUCUUAUACCACCGUCUCGAACAAAUUUUUGUAAGUUGUCAAAAUACAUCAGACCACAAUUCGGGUUUUAUGUAGCCUCUCUUCAAAUGGCGAUCCCGUAGUGUGUGCAACAAGAUGGCGAACACCUGAACAUAGUAAGUGUACCAGGUUAGGGUUAGGCCAUAAUUCUAUUCCAAUUUUCCUUGUUUUAGUUCUAUUACCAGUUUGGGGACUGGC